AUGGCAUCCACCAUGAAGGCGUACACAACUCAAAAGGCGUUGAAGACUGUCGUGGAGAACUUCCGGAAGCCACGUCAAUUAUUCAUGUAUCAUCCGAUUCAAUUCGAGAUUAAUGGAACUUUUCCAACUACAAAAACUGCUUUAUUUUCUAAAAAUGUGAAUGGAACAACUUAUUGGUUGGCAAAUAUGACGAAUGUCUAUGAAAGAGAUCGUCAGAUUCUGACACACGAUGGAAAAUUUCGAGAGGAAGAUUUCCUUGCUGUAUUUGAUGAAUUCUGCAAGGAGAAUGGACUGUUUGCUGGCUCGAAAACUCCAUCAACUGUAGCAGAAAAAUGUUACACAAAAGCGAUUGAAAAGUACAUGAAGAAAAACAAAAUUGAGGCACAGGUGCAAAACAAAUCAUCUCACUUUUUUGCAAUGAAUGAAAGUCAAAUGUUCAAAUAUCGACACUAUGAAGAUGGAUCACUUCCUGAUGGAUACUCGAUCAAUGUUCCAGAUUCUGUAGAAGAUGUUUCUCAAAUAUUAGGAUCUUCCGUUACUCCAAACGCAAAACUUGUCGAAGAAAAACUGCGACGAUUUCCAUCACUCUGUGUUCGAAAAGGAGACGAGCUGGCAGGAUUCAUCUCAUCAGAAACCCAUGGAGCUCUUGCCCAUUUGCAUGUUUUUGAUAGUCACCGAGGAAAGAACUUGGGAGAAAAGUUAGAGAUUGGAGCUGCUAAAAUGGCUAUUGAAAACGGUAUCCGACCAUGCAAAUUCAUCGACACGACCAACAGCUUCUUCUUGGAAAAGGCGAAAAAGUCGAAGAUGAUGGACGUAGUAGAGUCCAAUGGAGCACCCUUGGUUUUCGAUCAGAAUGUGUAUUCACCGGCUUCUAAUUAUGGAACUUAUCAAUAA